UACCCGGGGUAACAGCCGGGGCGCUUUACGGCGGCGGCGACUGAGUGUGAGCCUUGGCGGCGGUGGAGGCGGCCGCGGUGGCGAAGGAGGCGGCGGCGGCCGAGGAGGAAGAGGAGAGGCGGUGGCGGCGGCAGGGACCGGUGCGGGGAUGGCGGAGGUACCGCCUGGGCCUAGCAGCCUCCUCCCACCGCCAGCACCUCCGGCCCCGGCGGCGGCCGAGCCCCGCUGUCCCUUCCCGGUGGGGGCCGCCCCCGCCUGUUGCAGCGAGGACGAGGAGGACGACGAAGAGCACGAAGGCGGCGGCGGCAGGAGUCCGGCAGGCGGCGAGGCGGUGGCGGCGGCAGCGGCAGCCAAGAGGCAUCCGUGCCUUCGCUGCCCUCAGCCGCCGCAGGAGCAGCAGCAGCUCAACGGAUUAAUUAGCCCCGAACUGCGGCACCUCGGGUCGGCUGCUUCCCUCAAGAGCAAGGUCCUGAGCGCGGGCGAAGCAGCCACGACUCCGGUCACCCCCGACGGGGGCCCCAAAGUGACUGCAACAAAAGGAGCCGGGCUACACCCGGGCGAGAGUCCCCCUCACUCCUUCCCCAGUAAUGCAAGAACUGCGCUCCCCAGCCCGGCAGAGGCAGCGACGGCGAGCAGCCCCGCCGCGACCCGCAAUGGACUGGCCGAGGGCACCGCGCAGGAGGAGGAAGACGACGAGCAGGUGGAGCUGCUGUCUUCGUCCCUGACUGCCGGCUGCAGUUUAAGAAGUCCCUCGGGCAGGGAGGUUGAGCCUGGGGAGGAUCGGACGAUACGAUAUGUCCGAUAUGAAUCCGAGUUACAAAUGCCCGAUAUCAUGAGACUGAUCACCAAAGAUCUGUCUGAACCCUACUCCAUUUAUACCUAUAGAUAUUUUAUCCACAACUGGCCACAGCUGUGCUUCUUGGCAAUGGUAGGGGAGGAGUGUGUAGGUGCCAUCGUUUGCAAGUUGGAUAUGCACAAAAAGAUGUUCCGCAGAGGUUAUAUAGCCAUGUUAGCUGUGGAUUCCAAAUACAGGAGAAAUGGCAUUGGUACUAACUUGGUUAAGAAAGCUAUAUAUGCCAUGGUUGAAGGAGACUGUGAUGAGGUUGUUUUGGAAACAGAAAUAACAAAUAAAUCUGCUUUGAAACUUUAUGAAAAUCUUGGUUUUGUUCGAGAUAAGAGGCUGUUCAGAUACUAUUUAAAUGGAGUUGAUGCACUGCGACUUAAACUGUGGCUGCGUUGAGAAAACUGACAUCAAGGAACAACUGUCCAACCACGCAGCAUCGGCCUUUGCAUGCAAUGCAAUUUGUACCGAAUUGCUUUGCAGGUGGAUUUAGUGAUCUCCAUGCAGCUCUUAUCUGUCAGUGUCUCAUUGAGUGUCGCACAAUAUUUGUUGCACUUUGGCAUGGCACAUUUGUUCUGAAUUAAAAGAGAUUGUUUCAAACUUCAAGAGUUCUUUUGGUACCAACAAGAUGUGCCAGUUGAUAGCCAAGAUUUGUUUGUUCAUUUGCAAAAUCUGCUGACAAUGUUAUUUACACAGUGAUUAUUUUAUCACAGAACCAGUAAGUGGAACAAGAUUUCUGUUCCAGAAGAAAGCCAAUGUAGAUUGUACAAAUCUCUUAGUAACAUUUCACAUGAAACCUGCCAUAAUUUUUUGGGAGGGAUGAGGGGAAAUCUUCAAUUUUAGGUUUUAUUUUUUCAAUAUUAAAUUUUCCAUCCUUGAAUAUUGGUACCUCAGUGAUUAGUGAAUGAAAAAAAAUGUAGGAUCGAGUGUGUCUUACAGUGAGUACAGAUCAUUAAAUUGUGUCUGCCAGUGCCUGUGUCGGUAAGAAUAUGUCUUCAUCUCUAGUUUUCGCAUGCAUGCUAUCUUUUCCUUUCCUUUAAGGUCUUUGCAAGCAAACUUUUAUUUUUAUUUAAAUUCUAAAUUUGAUAAUAAAUUAUUUCAGAUUUUUAUAAUUUGGAUAUGUUUUUCAGAGAGAGUGGUUUACUUUAGAAGUCCCUUCUUCCUUUACAGUAAGAAGUUGAAUUUACUUAGUAAUUCUUAGAGAAAUGGCUUAAAGGUGAUGAGAAAAUUUGAUGGAGCCAGGAGUUGCUGGGUUUUGGAUGCACUUUUUUUUUUUUUUUUUCUUUUGAGAGAGAAUUUUGGAAAGAAUAGAAAAUUAAUGUAAAUUGGUAUGAUUUUAUUUAAUCAAAAUGAUUGCUAAGCUGUGAAGGACAACUUUUUACAAAGCAUUUGGAACUUUUAUUCCCCAUUUGAUUUGGAUUCAUAUUGCUUCCUUUUCUUGAAAUGCUUCACUUUUGAUUCUUGGUCUUAGAAAUAAAUUUCAAGGUGUAUUAUAUCCAUUUUUAGCUGCUUUUAUUUUCUUUUCACUUACACAAGCUAAUUCUUGGGGAGUAUUGCUUUUCCCCCCACAGAAAAACAAAAGGGAGAGGUAGAAAUCUUUUGUGGAGUGAGUUCUGUGGGUUUUCUUGACAUCCAUCACCAUGUUCAUUAGUAGCAUUGUGUUUUGGUUAAUUUAAAAGUCAGUACAAUGUAAAAAAAUUUAAAAUUAAUUGCUUUCAGUGGAGUCAAGUAAACCUGUGUUGGAUUAUUUAUUUAACUGGAAAGCCUAGGUACCCAUCAAAAAAGAUUCAUUCUCUGUGAAAAAUGUUUUGUACAAAUCUGUGUUGUUGCUGUUUUUUAAAUUUGGAUAUGCCUUACUUCUAGGAUUUGGUUUGGACUUUGUUUUGUUUUAUGGCUAAGUACUGUAUUUUUUUAAAACCCUACCUCCAUUAACAGUUGGUAAAGGCCCCCUUUCAGGAAAGUUUGUUGUUAUUUUUAAAAGGAAAGCUGCUCCUUGCUCAGUGUAAUGUCCUGAAAGUGAACAUGGUAACAAGUAUUUUUAAACUAAAAAUACACACUUUAUAUUUG